GAAGGUAGACUGCAGCCAGUAGGCCCCGGUCGGCCCUCACAGCGGCUGGGAUGAGGGAUGCCUCCCUAUUCCCUUCCUAACCCGUUGAGGGGAUUGAACUGGCCGGAAGGGGCCUUCCUCAGGAAGCGGCCGACCCCGGCCGCAGCCGCCACAGCAGCUCAUGGGAAAAAGAGAAUUGCCACGUACCAUUUGGUCAGGCCUCUGGAGCCCGACAAUUUCCGACCCUGAUUGUACUUGAGAAUCCACAGGCCUCUCGCCAGAUGAUUCUGGUGUAUCGGAGGGGUGGGAACCACUGGAGUUGCAGAGUCCUGGCCUAACACGAGCCUGGGGAAGACGACUGCUCUUCGAAAGGAGUUCUCCCAGCUCUUUAGAUGAAAUAUAAGGAAAAAGAAUACAGACAAGCAUGGAAAGUGAAGACACAAAGAAGAUACAAGAAAUGAAGACUGAUCUGAACUUACUAUUGGAGUGUCUGAAGUAUCAAAUGGACAACCCUUUUUCACAAAAAGAAGCUUUGGUCACUAUUCAUUCAAUUUGUCAACAAAACAGUAAUGCAGGUGUUUACUUUCGAGAAAUUGGUGGUUUGAUGUUUGUAAGAAAUCUUGCAAAGUCAAGUGAACAUAGCAUGGUAAAAGAAGCAGCCUUAUAUACAUUAGGAGCUGUUGCAGAACAAAAUGUUUACUGUCAGCAGACUUUGUGCACUUCAGAGUUGUUUGAAGACUUAACUUGGUUCUUAUCUAAUAAUGAUUCAAACACAAAUUUGAAAAGAAUGUCUGUCUACGUCAUAUUGGUGCUGGUUUCAAAUAAUAGGACUGGACAGACACUUGUGAGAGAAACAGGUUGUAUUACAGUUCUGACACAGUUGUUCAGGACAGUUCUUUCAAAAUAUGAGUUGAAUUUGUCAGAUAAAAAUGUUUUCCAGAGUUAUCAGUUAUGGUCUUCCGUGUGUAGUACUUUAUGUGUCUGUGUCAACAAUCCUCAAAAUGAUGAAAAUCAGAUGCUUUGCUGUUCACUUUUUCCACAUGCUAAUGACUGGCUAAUAAAUUGCAUCACACCUGAGGUAAUUCGCCCUGUUUGCUCAUUUAUUGGGCUUACUCUUGCAAAUAACACAUUUGUUCAGAAAUACUUUAUAUCUGUGGGUGGACUGGAUGUAUUGUCUCAAGUUCUUGUGCAACUGGCAUCUGAUUCACACAAGACUGUUUCCAGUGCUAAGCUUGCAGUGGUGGUGACAAAGACAGUGGAUGCGUGUAUUGCUGAUAAUCCUACUUUUGGAGUAAUACUAUCCAAGUAUCAGAUUGUUUCAAAACUUCUGACAUUACUGCUUCAUGAAAGUCUGGAUUCAGGAGAAAAAUUUAGCAUCAUACUUACUCUUGGUCAUUGCACAGAGGAUUGUGAGGAAAAUCAGUAUGACCUUUUUAAAAACAAUGGGCUUCCACUCAUGAUACAAGCCUUAACUGAAUCACAGAGUGAGGAACUAAACAAAGCUGCCACUUUUGUGCUUCACAAUUGCAAAAAAAUUACUGAAAAAUUAUGUCUAAGUCUAGGAGAAUAUUCUUUUGAUGAGAAUGAAAAACAAUUAGAAGACAUAAAUAUGAAAGAGAAGAAUCUUGAAGAGUACUGGAAGAAAGCAAAGGAAAUUGUACACAGAAUAGAACAGCUUGAAAGAGAAGGAAAUGAGGAAAAAAUACAAGGAGAAAAAUACAAGGAUAAUGUUUCAUCUAUGAAUAUAAAUAUUCAAAAUACAUUGAAACACCUCCAUGGAGAUAGUAUUGGCAGAGGCCCUGAAGCAGAAGAUAAGGAUGAAAGCCAGUCUAGAAAGCUUCCGAGUUGUAAAUCCCAUGGAAUUCUAACUACAGCAUGUACAAAUGAUCGCCAAAUGAAGACCCUGUUAAAGAGUACAAAUCCAGUUGAUGCUUGUUAUAAGGAGAGUGGACAAAAUAAAACUUUAUAUAAAGCCGAUUCAAGCUAUAGUCAAAACUUACAUGAAAGAACAAAUUAUGAAAAAAAGAAUUCUGUUUCUCAAUCAAGUGACCAUGUUUUUAAACCUCCAAUUCCUGUUGUCAAAAAUAGAAAGCAGGAGUUACCAGUAACAGAUCCAUUUACAUUAUGUUCAGAUAUAAUAAAUAAAGAAGUCAUCACUUUUCUAGCAACUGACAGUCAUUCUAAAAUGUUAAAGUAUAGAUGCUCAGGUUGCAUAGCAGUAGGAAAAUCCCUGAAUAGCCGAAAUUUUAGCAAGCUCUUGCACUCUUGCCCAUACCAAUGUGAUCGUCACAAAGUCAUUGUGGAAGCUGAAGACAGAUAUAAAAGUGAACUAAGGAAAUCACUUAUCUGUAACAAAAAAAUUCUGCUGACCCCACGUAGGAGACGACAACUCAGUAGUGAAUCUACUACCUCUGAAGGAAUAAAAAAAAGAAGAAUUCGCAAAAAUUUUACCAAAGAAGAAGUAAAUUACCUUUUCAAUGGAGUUAAGAAAAUGGGAAAUCACUGGAAUUUAAUUUUGUGGUCUUUCCCCUUUCAGCAAGGACGGAAGGCUGUGGAUCUUGCUCACAAAUACCACAAGCUGACCAAAGGCUCCAAGCACGAAGCUCCUUGAUCAGGAUACUUGUCAGUUUUUAGGUUUAACUAAUAGAAUACAAUGGCUUGAAACACAAUUUAAAAUCUUCAAAACUCUCAUGAAACAGAGAAUGUGAAAACAAUACUGUUUUAAUUAAAUACUCCUUGUGAUUCUGUA